AUGCCACAUUUGAAUAAGGAAUUCGUACCGAAUGAUAUAGACUGUGAUUUACCAGACAACGAUUUUAAUAUUGAUCAGUUUUUGGAAUGCUUACACGAAAAUCGUUCUCCAUUUACAAUGGAUUUGAUUUUAGCUGAUAGUGCAUGGAAAUUGCACAAAUACCGUAUUCUUGACAUAGAUGUUAAUAGUCUAUUUGUAGAAAAAGAUUAUACACAUGGAAUCGGAAUGUGUACUAAUCUAAUACACAGUAAAUUAGGGAGUUUAGGUGACUUGGAAACAGUUGUCAAAAAUAUUAAAAACAAGCGUUUUGCAGCAUUACGUGACUAUGAUAUUGAAGAUCGCAUAAAGCAGAUGCUAAAACGUGGUUGGACACAUCUGGAAACGGAAAUUGAAGACGAAUAUGAGCUCUCUGACAACACAUCCAACGAUGUAGACCGUUAG